UCUACACACAGCAUCACCCAUCCAUGGGCAUUUGAGAAGAACUUAACUUGCUGUCGGAUGUCACAUACCAACAAUCUGAUGUAGACAGAAAGCUAUAAAAGUGCGGACACAUGUCCGCGCUCAGAGCAUGAAGGCGUGCGCUCCAUCGAGGACCAUGAUAUGAUAACAGACCUUUAUUUUACGCACGUUUACGCAAACGAAUUAACUGCCACACGUGUUUUUUUUCCAAUGGAAUCAAAUCCUAUGAUUUAUGGCGAGGAUUGUUGAAGUGAAGAUAAAAUGAAAAUAAAUGGCAGCCGCUUGAUGAACAGUUCUUCACUGAGCCCUCACGAGAUCACUCUGAAUCGCCCACCCUGGGUCGCCACAACUUUGGGCAGCUUUCUGAUCUUCACUAUCGUGGUUGAUAUAUUGGGGAACCUCUUGGUGAUCUUCUCUGUGUACAGAAACAAGAAACUUCGUAACGCAGGGAACAUAUUUGUGGUGAGCCUGGCAGUCGCUGACCUGGUAGUAGCUGUCUAUCCUUAUCCUCUCGUGUUGGUCUCCAUUGUACAUAAUGGAUGGAAUUUGGGAUUCGUCCACUGCCAGAUCAGUGGAUUCCUGAUGGGACUGAGCGUGAUUGGAUCUAUAUUUAACAUCACCGGUAUUGCAAUCAAUCGCUACUGCUAUAUCUGUCACAGCCUCAAGUAUGACAAGCUAUACAGCGACAAGAAUUCGCUUUGCUACGUCCUUCUCAUCUGGAUACUGACCGUGGUCGCUAUAGUGCCAAACUUUUUCGUUGGCUCCCUGCAGUAUGACCCAAGGGUCUACUCGUGUACGUUUGCGCAGUCUGCAAGCUCGGCAUACACCAUCGCCGUUGUCUUCUUCCACUUCAUUCUUCCAAUCAUGAUUGUGACGUACUGCUACCUGCGGAUCUGGAUCUUGGUGAUCCAGGUGAGGAGACGCGUCAAACCUGAGUUCCGGCCCAAACUCACUCCGCACGACAUAAGGAACUUCGUCACCAUGUUUGUGGUGUUCGUUCUUUUUGCCGUCUGCUGGGCCCCUCUUAAUUUCAUUGGCCUGGCGGUAGCUAUAGACCCCGGGCGGGUCGCGCCUCUCAUCCCGGAGUGGUUUUUUGUAUCCAGUUAUUUUAUGGCCUAUUUCAACAGUUGCCUUAAUGCAAUAGUCUACGGAGUGCUGAAUCAAAACUUCAGACGAGAGUACAAAAAAAUUAUCAUCUCACUCUGUACUGCGAGGAUGUCAUUCCAAGAGAGUUCAAAUGAUGUUGCGGAUCGGAUCAAAAGCAAGCCAUCUCCUUUAAUGACAAACAACAACCAAGUCAAAGUGGAUUCGGUAUGAAAACACCUGAAAAGACACUGUGAAAAAAAAAAGAUUCAACUGUUUAUACAGAUAUUUAUAUCAUGAAAUACAGGUGUAUGUAUUUUUCUUGUACCUGUUGCUUUUACAAGAGGGUGCAUUGCAAAUAUCUUGCUUGGUCUCUGUUUACAAGUUCAUAAUGACUUUUUUGAUUUUCUAUACAGCAGGUCAAUACAUUUUUUUCAGGACAUCAUCAAAUUAAUGCUAUAAACCAAUGCACACACACUGUCGUACAUGCAGAACAAGGUGCCAGCUGAGCAGAACAGUAGCCCUUAAUCCUGGUGAGUGCUCAAUAAUAUGAUUUAUGAUGGUUAUCAUAUUGUUUUUUAGUUUUAGUUACCGUCUGAUGUUUUUAGAGGUUUUUAGAGUCUGCAGCGCAUGCCAAAUUAUGCAUUUGCAAUAUAAUAUUGUACUCAAGUAUAUUAUUUCUAAGUAACCUGGUAAGACAGCCAGUGUCGGCCAACAAUGAUAUUUGUCCCAUUUUUUAAUGCAAAUGUCUUUAGGUCUAACGGUCUAAGGUCUAACUUAUGAUUUAUUUAUUCAUCAGACUGCAUUGCUAUACUCCUGCAAUGGGGUAAAUUUAAUAAUAAGCAAUAAAAAGUCUAAUUUUAAAAAAUUUAGGCUUAAUUCAGGAUAAUUGGUCCACAUUUUCCAGUCACCUCAAUGGCAAAAAGUGUCCCAAUUUACCUGAAUUCAGCCCAUCCACUUUCUGGCAUACGAUAGAACACUUUUAAAAUGUCAUAUGUUCAACACAGUACCUUACUUUCUUGUUUACAACAUAAAAACCUAUUUGCUUGUCCAUCCUUGAACUUUUCUAUGUUAAUAAACUGUGCUGAAUGAAAUGAGAUGAAAACAAGACGUAUGCAUGAUUAAAAGCUGUAGAAGAUGAGAAAAAGCACAUUGCUUUCUAUUCUUUUACUGUUAUUUACUUUUAAUGUUGGUUGAGACUUGAAGCUUCAUUAAAAGCAACAUUAAACAGUGUUAGGGAGGCAGGGAUGCUACUAACUUUAAUUACGUUUAAAGAAUCGCAACAGCU